AACCCCUCAGCCAAGCGCGGGGCGGAGCCGCUCUCGCAACCAUCAUGGCGGAUCGGGUCGCGCAGCUCCAGGCCGACGGCAUCGUGAAGCGGGUGAUUCGGCAGGUGCAGGGCCCGCUGCCGGAGUUCCGGGACGGCACCAAGGCUACCUUCCACUACCGCACACUGCUGAGCCAGGGGGAGGGCCAGGACCGUCUGUUGGAUGACAGCCGCACCCAUGACAAGCCCAUGGAGCUCAUCAUUGGCAAGAAGUUCAAGCUGCCCGUCUGGGAGACUGUCCUGUGCACCAUGCGGGAGGGCGAGCGAGCUGAGUUCUUGUGUGACACCAAGCACGUGUUGCUGUAUCCAAUGGUGUCAAAGAGUCUGCGCAACAUCGCAGCAGGGAAAGACCCCCUGGAGGGACAGCGGCACUGCUGUGGCAUAGCCCAGAUGCAUGAGCAUCACUCACUGGGAUACCCAGACCUGGAUGCCCUGCAGCAAACCCCCCAACCCCUCAUCUUCGACAUCGAGAUGAUCAAGGUGGAGGCACCUGGCUCAUACCGGCAGGACCCCUGGGCCAUGACUGACGAAGAGAAGCUGCAGGCUGUGCCAUUGAUCCAUGAGGAGGGUAAUGAGCUCUACCGGCAGGGUAAGGUGCAUGAAGCAGCUGCCAAGUACUAUGAUGCCAUCGCCUGCCUCAAGAACUUGCAGAUGAAGGAGCAACCAGGCUCUCCUGACUGGAUUGAACUAGAUCAGAAGAUCACACCCCUGCUGCUAAACUAUUGCCAGUGCAAGCUGCGGAGCCAGGAGUACUACGAGGUGCUGGACCACUGCUCCUCCAUCCUCAACAAGUACGAGGACAAUGUGAAGGCCUAUUUCAAGCGGGGCAAGGCACAUGCUGCUGUCUGGAAUGCAGCUGAGGCACAAGCUGACUUCGCCAAGGUGCUGGCUCUGGACCCGACACUGGAACCUGUGGUGGCCAAGGAGCUACACAGCCUGGAGACCCGCUUGCGCCAGAAGGACAGUGAAGACAAGGUCCGCUUCAGGGGCAUCUUCUCCCAGUAAUGCCUAUACCCAAAAGCUGCGGAGGGUCAGCGAGAGCAGACACAGUCGCAGCCUUGCCACCAAGGCAACUCCCUGCAGACCAGAGCAGAAGGAACUUUGCCGGCGAUGCCCAUCAGUCUGUCCCGCUGUCAGGGCUUGGCUUGCCCUCCCUGAGUCCAGUCUCCAUGUCCCCGCCUCUUUAUAAACUGCUAUUUAUCUGCAUGCUGCGCACACUGAACAAACUGCCAGGCCAGAGAGGGUGGUCACUAUGUUCUCCUUUCCCCUCUCUUCACCUGUCCAGAUUUGCAUCACAUUGCACAUAUCUGCAACACCCAUUCUGCCAGUAUCCCUCACUCUGACCCUCAGCCUAUUGCCACCCUACAUUGGCAUCCUUACACAGGUGCCCCUCAUGAUAGACCACAGCCAUUGCUUCCUGGUUUUGUGAACUUAUCCUUGUGCCCUGAGCUAGGGUUGGACUAGGUGUUGGACAAACCCAAAAGUGUCCCCAGUGCAUGCCGCA